AGCAGCAAAGUUUCACAAGAAGGAAUCAUAGUAAACGGCGGUGCUUUUUAGCGGUGUUAGUGGAGUGAAAUUCGUUCCCAGGUGAGGUGCGCGUGUGAUGGCGCGUCCGGUGGUGUCAUACUAGUGUGACGCACAUAGUGUCGGCGGAAAACGGUGGAAACAUCUGCUCGAUGUGCAGCGGCCGGAUGCAACGGUCCGGCGCGGAGAAAGCGGUGAUUCGAUACGAAUUUCUGAAGCGAUGCGAUUGAAGUGUUAGCCGGCGGCGUUUGUUUUCUGUUCAUCAUUAUUUCGGUGCGUUCCACCGAGUUCGGAAGGCGGUGUGUGUGUUUCAAAUCGCCACCCCCACGUGUCGGAAAAAGUGUAAAGAAAAUCCAUCCACCCAUCGUCGUCGCAAGCGGGAAAGAACGUCGCCUUCGAAGAGCUUGAUUGAGCUUGAGAGCUGGUGUUGCCCGACCGACCGCUCCUCCGUAGUUUGUAGCAGAGCCGCCCAGAAGACGGCAGAUUCCGGUCCUUCGCCUGCAAGAAAAACGGUGGCCAGGACGACGGCAUCUUCGUGCGCCAGCUCCCAGCGCGAUCGGCGGCGGCCUUUAGGUUCUGCUGAUCGGUCGGAAAAAUGCAUCUGAAAUGUGGAUUAUUGCUACUUUUAACGCUGCUGCUCCUCAAAGACAUCGAAAGUGGUUACGUAAGAGAAUCAAGAAAAGCACGUCCCCUGAACCAGUACAUAUCGCACCACGAGAAGUUGAGCUACGAUCAUGAGCAUCUGCACGCUAGUCACAGCCGGGCGAAACGAUCGGUCACCAAAGAUCAUUACGUACAUCUUAGCUUUAGGGCACACGAACGAGAUUUUAACAUUAGACUUAAACGUGAUCUCAGCACAGUAAGCGAUAAGUUAGAGAUACAUACGGACAAGGGACCGGUGCAGGUGGACUCGUCCCACAUCUACCACGGCGAGGUGGUCGACGAUCCGGAGAGCUACGUCUUCGGUUCGAUCUUCGACGGCGUGUUCGAGGGCAAGGUGAUCACCUCGGACGACACGUACUACGUCGAGCGGGCGAAGCACUACUUUCCGCAGGAGACGGUCAAGCCGGAGGCGCACCCGCUGCACCAGACGAGCGACGAUGAGCCACCGUUCCAUUCGGUGAUCUACAAGGAUCAGCACGUGGACGAUCCUUACCGCCAUCGGAGGAAAGGACAUCCGUCCGGGUGUGGAGUGCACGAUGAAGUGUCGGCCUGGAUGGACCGCGUCCAAAACUCGGCCGUCGAGGAGGAGGAGGACGAGGACGAGGAGGAAGCCCUACCGGAGCCGAUGCCGGAGAAUCGGAACGAGCGAGAAGAGGCGCCUGCCAGGACAAGCGACAACGAUAGCAACAAUCAUCCGCCCCAGCAGCAACAGCAGCAGCAGGCUUAUCACAAGACCAGUCCCAAGACGAAACGACGCUCCUCGCCGACGCCGACGGUACAGCAGCAAAAGGACACGGGAAGUACCGCCAGCAGCAACGACAUUCCCAUCGAAACCGGGUACGAGUUCAAGUUCCCGCAUGAAAAGUACUCGAAGGCAGCGAACUGGCGCGCGGAUGGGGAAAGCGCUAGCGACUACGGGUGGCACUGGAAAGCGCACGAGCGGGUACGGCGUGCGGCACGGCAGAAGGAGGACUACCGGAACACCUGCUCGCUCUACAUCCAGACCGAUCCGUUGCUGUGGAGUCACAUACGGGACAGUAUCGUAAGUCAUCAACACCGGGGUGGACGAAAGUUCGAGCUGGAGGAGAAAACGCGCGAGGAAAUCCUGUCGCUGAUCAUACAUCACAUCACUGCCGUUAAUUACAUCUAUCGUAAUACCAAGUUCGACGGGCGAGUAGAACAUCGCAACAUUCGGUUUGAGGUCCAACGUUUGAAAAUAGAUGACGAUUCGUCGUGCCAGGAAAACCACGACGGUGACGUGAAUCCACUCUGCCUGGAGAACAUCGACGUGUCGAACUUUCUCAACCUGCACUCCCUCGGCAACCACGAGGCGUUCUGCUUGGCGUACGUGUUUACCUACAGAGAUUUCACCGGUGGCACGCUAGGCCUGGCUUGGGUUGCUUCCGCAUCCGGUGCGUCCGGCGGUAUCUGCGAGAAGUACAAAACGUACACGGAAACGGUCGGUGGGCUGUACCAGAGCACCAAACGGUCGCUCAACACCGGCAUCAUCACCUUCGUCAACUACAACACGCGCGUUCCACCGAAAGUGUCCCAGUUGACGCUUGCCCACGAGAUCGGGCACAACUUUGGCUCACCGCACGAUUAUCCGGCGGAAUGUCGACCCGGCGGAAACAACGGCAAUUUCAUCAUGUUCGCCAGCGCCACCAGCGGGAUCCGGAUGAACAAUGGCAAGUUUUCGCCCUGCUCGGUGCGCAACAUCUCGAACGUGCUGGACGCGAUCGAUGAGAACAAGAAGCGCAACUGCUUCCAGGCGUCGGAGGGUGCGUUCUGUGGCAAUAAGAUCGUCGAGAUCGGGGAGGAGUGUGACUGCGGGUUCAACGAGGAGGAGUGCAUGGAUAAGUGCUGCUACCCGCGCGAAAUGACCGACGCGAUGAAGAUCGAGAACGCGACGGCCCAGAGCUGUGGGCGGCGGGCCCGUACGCAGUGCAGCCCAUCGCAGGGCCCUUGCUGUAAUAGCAAUACGUGCCGGUUUAUACCGUCCGAUGCGAGGGUGACGUGCAAGGAGGAGACGGAGUGUUCCUGGGGAUCCACCUGCAACGGUACGACGCCGGAGUGUCCGGAGCCGAGGCCACGCGAUGAUAAGACGAAGUGUAACAAUGGAACCCAGCUGUGCAUCAAAGGUGAAUGUUCCGGUUCGAUCUGCUUGCUGUGGAACAUGACGGAAUGCUUCCUAACGUCCAAUAUCAUUCCGAACAUCGACAAGCGCAAGCUGUGCGAGCUGGCCUGCCAGAAUGGCAACGACACCAGUACGUGUCGUAGUACGAGCGAGUUUGCCCGUGAUUACGGGCUUCCGGAUGGCGGGUACAGCUUGCGGCCCGGCUCGCCCUGUGAUAACUUCCAGGGAUACUGUGAUGUGUUUCUCAAGUGCCGUGCCGUCGACGCCGAGGGUGCCCUGGUGCGGUUGAAGAAUCUGCUGUUCAACAAGAAAACCCUCCAGACGGUGGCCGAAUGGGCCACGGAGCGGUGGUAUCUGGUGUGCAUGUUCGGCAUCGGCUUUAUCAUCCUGAUGGGCAUUUUUAUCAAGUGCUGCGCCGUGCAUACGCCAAGCUCAAACCCGAAGAAGGCGGCCGCCUACCGGAUCUCGGACACGCUCCGUCGUCCGAUGAACACGCUGCGAAUGAUGCGUCGGCAUCAUCACAACGGUGCGGGUCCACGGAGUGUUCCGGUGCCGCGAAACGAACGCUCCCGCAGUGCCGGCGAUAGAGGAGGUGGAGGCGGUGGUGGUGGGGGAGGUCGUAGUGAACGUAACGGAGGCCGUGGUGCCGGUAGUCGGACGCGCAGCAACGGCGAUGUUCAUGGCGGUGGUGAGAUCCGCAACGGUGGCGUCGCCGGACACACGACCUCCUCGUCCGGCGGCAACAGCCGACCGUCGAACAGUUCCCGAGUGCCAGCACAUGGGUAUGGCGAAGGCCGUGGCCAACAAUACUACCCACCGAAAGCACCACCAACCCAGAAUUAUAGUCGCAUGAGCAACGCGGAGCUGUACGCCGAAGCCUACCCGGACCGAGGAAUGUACGAACCGCCACGGCGCCCGUACGGCAACAAUAAAGUUUGACAAGGUCGUUAUCAAGCACGAGACCACCGCAACGACGGCAGCAGAAGGCUCACGGACGCGAAAUGCGCCGAUCGCCGUCAUCAACAUCAGCAUAGCGAUCACUACCGCCGACGCUGCCGAAACCGAAAACCAUCGUAAUUGUAUUCUCCAGCAUUCGCGGCUGAUGAGUCUCCUCCUCCGAUCCUCCAGCCACAAGCCAUCGAUUGCGUUUACGAUUUCAUCAUACCCACAAGACACACACACACUAUUCUUCCAUUAAUUUUCCCACCGGGGGAAACUCGCGAGACACAGGACUGGCGUGUUUCGAGGAGGAAGUUGGAAAUCGACGGACACUUUUUCUUCCUCCGUUUCUCAAAUGGUAGUAAUUAAUAAUAUAAGUAAGAUAUGUUUAUUUUUCUAAAUCAAAAUACCACCACUGGUUCGCGCGAGAGUCUGACGGGAAGCGAAGAAGGAUCUAAAGGGUGAUUUUCCCUAGCUCAAUAGGUGUCGCUUACGAGUGCCGGCAUCAUCAUAAGAGGGUGGGUCGCCAUGAAACUGGAAGGGAGAAAUGGAAGAAAUCAGUCAACCCCGACAUCAUCGGCAAUAUAGUGUAAGGCAGAGGAAAGACAAAAUUCAAGUUUAAUUGAAACCGUAACCGUAUAUUUCGACCUCCGUUUGUAUAGACUAAUUGAAUCAAAUUGAUCGUUUUACUCUGGAAUGAAAUUUAUCUCGUAUCAAUUGUUUAUGAAAAGAGCAAAUCAGCUUGUUUGAUAGAACGAAUGUAUGUUGAUUCGAUGUCUGUGAGGGAUGAGCGUGGAUAUGUGAUUAGCAAAGGAAUUUACGGAACAAAUAUAGUUCGGUGAAAUUCUGCUGCCCAUUUUCCUUUUAACUCACUUUCCAUCGGGGACUGGGAAAACGGCAGUGGAAAAAGUGUGCUCGUUGCUCCUUCACAUUAUUUACUACAUUCAAACCUUUUAUCAUUCUUUCUUUUCUAUGUUAAAGCAAAAAGAAGAAAAUAAUCUUGCGUUGCUGUGUGAUUCUUUACUGUCACAUCAGACGAACGAAGGAAGCAUUUGUGGGAUACACAUUUUGAAUUGAGUUUUUCAAUAAAAUGACAAAUGAAAGCAAAUUUAAAACAACCUAUAGCCUUU